AUGGAUCGUUCUACGAGGACUCGGUUCCUGUGGUCGUGGACCGUACUUGUCCUGGUUCUGUGCCGGGCCGCUAAUGCAUUCUACAUUCCCGGCUGGUCCGUCAAGAGCUACAAGGAAAACGAGCCGAUACCGCUGCUAGUCAACAAGGUGUACUCGGACAACACGCAGCUGCAGUAUGCCUACUUCGACCUGCCGUUCGUGUGCCCGCCGACGGGCCAGCGCCACUUCAGCUCGGGCCUGCUCAGCGGCCAGAGCAUCCCGCUCAACCUAGGCGAGGUGCUGCGGGGCGACCGCAUCGUCGUGUCCGACGUCGAGCUGGCCAUGCGGCGCGACACCAAGUGCGCCGUGUUGUGCAGCCGCGCCGUCGGCCGCGGCGACUUAGAGCGCGCCCGCCAGAUGGUUGAGGACGGCUACGUGGUCGAGUGGAUUGUCGACAACUUGCCUGGCGCCACGAGCUUCGUGACCGUCGACAAGAAGCACAAGUACUACGCCGCUGGCUUCAAGCUCGGCGAGGCCGACCACUCGGCCGAGCGCCCGCGCUUCUUCCUCAACAAUCACCACACCAUCGUCAUGGUAUACCGCAAGGCCCCGGGAAAGGCCGGCGACGCGGGCGGCAGGGUCGUGGUCGGGUUCGAGGUGUACGCUAAGAGCAUCGGGCCGGGGAACAAGAGGCUGUCGGACGGCUGCCCGGCGGACCUGCGGAACAUUGACGGGGGCUUCGAGCUGCUUUUGCCGUCCAACGGGACGCUGGCUACUGGUUCGUCUAGCGCGGCGGCGCAUGCGCACCCGAGCAGCAGCAGCAGCAGCGCCGACGACGGCGACAAGCUGACCAUCCCGUACUCGUACGCGGUGUACUGGCGCGAGGAUAGCUCGAUCGAGUGGAACCGGCGGUGGGACCUGUAUUUUGUGAACCAGGAAGCGGGCUCCAAGAUCCACUGGCUGGCCAUGGUGAACUCGCUCUUCAUCUGCGGGCUGCUCACGGGCGUCGUGCUCAUGAUCCUCACCAAGACCAUCCGGACCGACAUCAAGGGCUACAGGGACACGGCAGUCGAGGAGGGCCAGGGCGUGCGCCUCCUGCGGCGCAAGCUCAAGCUGGAGAAGACCCUCGGGCUUUUGGACCAGGUUGGCAGCGGCGGCGGCAGGCUGUCCGACGACGACGACGACGACGACGACGACGACGGCGACGACGACGGCGAGGCGCUCGAGGACGUGACGGGCUGGAAGCUGCUGCACGGCGAGGUGUUCCGGCCGCCGCAGCACGGCCACCUGCUGGCGCCGCUCGUGGGGUCGGGCACGCAGCUGCUGUUCAUGGCGGUCGGGCUGGUGCUGCUCAGCGCGCUCGGGGUGCUGAACCCGAGCUUCCGCGGCGGCUUCAUCAGCUUCGGCGUCGGGCUGUUCGUGUUCGCGGGCGUGCUGUCGGGCUACUUCUCGGGUCGCAUCUACAAGACGCUCGGCGGGCACGACUGGCGCCGCAACACGGUGGUGACCGCGCUGCUGUUCCCCGGGCUCGGCUUCUGCGCCGUCUUCGUCCUCAACCUGUUCGUCUGGGCCCAGGCCUCGUCGACCGCCAUCCCCUUCGGCACCCUCGUCGCCGUCGUUGCUCUCUGGCUGUGCGUGCAGCUGCCGCUGGUCUACGUCGGCUCGUGGUACGGCUUCGCGCGCGCCGGCGCGUGGGAGCACCCGACCAAGACCAGCACCGGCGGCGCGCGGCGCACGGGGCCGGCCGCGGCGGGGCGGCAGACAUGGUGGCACGCGCUGCGGACGGUGCUGCUCGCGGGCCUGGUCCCGUUCACCGUCAUCUUCAUCGAGCUCCUCUUUGUCUUCCAGUCCGUGUGGCAGGACAAGAGCGGCUACUACUACGUGUUCGGCUUCCUAGCCGUCGUGUCAGCCAUCCUAGUGUGCGCCGUUGCCGAGGUUACGGUUGUGGCCAUCUACCUGCAGCUGUGCGCCGAGAACCACCACUGGUGGUGGCAGAGCUUCUUCGUCGGUGGUGGCAGCGCCCUGUGGGUGUUUGCGUACAGCGUGUGGUAUUUCUUUGCCCGGCUGCACAUCUCGGGCUUCCUGAGCAGUUUGUUGUUCUUUAGUUAUAGCUUCAUGGCCUGCUGCGUCUAUGGCCUGCUUACCGGUACGGUGGGGUUCUUGGCUGCUUAUGCGUUUGUGCGCAGGAUUUAUGGGUGA